GCUUCUCUUCCUCGUUUCGUUUUUACACGCGCAUUAUCCCCACUCGCCGCUUGCCCUUCUGCACAUACACGGCUUCGCCGUCUCCCACCACCGCGAUUUCUUCCUAUUUCCCCCUUUCGCCUGCAACUCUCACUCCCUCUCCAGAUCUCUGUUGCGCAUUCUCUAUCGAUCCUGUUCAGACUCUUUCUUUUGUACUUUUGUAUCUUUAGGUAUCAAAAGAAAGCACAUAGCUGCACAUCAGUACCAUUAGUUGAGCAGAAGUUCUGCAAGAGAGAGAAGAAUGGCAUCAGGAUGGGGAAUCACUGGAAACAAAGGUAGGUGCUAUGAUUUCUGGGUUGAUUUCAGUGAAUGCAUGUCGACUUGCAGGGAACCCAAGGAUUGUGCUCUCCUUCGUGAAGACUACCUUGAAUGUCUCCAUCAUGCCAAGGAGUUCCAGCGAAGAAAUCGGAUUUAUAAAGAGGAGCAGCGUAAACUAAGAGCAGCAGCUCAAAAAACCAAAGACGGUGAAGAUUUAGUUCAUAAUUCCCAUUGACCAUGAUUCCUGUUUAGGACCUACAAUUGUCGAAGCUCCAUGAAUAAAGAGUGCAUGAAGUUUCUGAAAGUACUUGUGCUGCUUUCCUAACUUGUCUAUUUUGUUGUCAUUUUGGCUGAGAUUGGAAGAACAUGUUUUUCCUGCAUUUAUUUACUCUGCAGCUCGACGUAAUAAGACAGACAUGAGUUUUUUGCAGUAGCUGCAGGUCAGAUAUUGAAUUGCUAGUUGAAUUUGGUACCUACUAUGAAAAAGCAACUUGAUUUGGUGCAUCCGCCAAUUGAGUUUCGCGUAGUUGGUACUAAUCUUUUUGGGUGCUCAAAAACUCGGUUGGUAUCCCAUAAUGUCUUUUUAUCUUUGAGCUCAA